UCACGAGCAUAAUAUUAUGUGGCGGACAUACAAUCUGAAUUCCGAACGCAUCAGACGGCGACUGUGAUUCGUCCGAACAGUAUUUUUUAUAGCAUUGUUGGUUUUUUACACUAUUGUAAUCGACUGCUGCAGAGAUUACUGCCAUCGCUGAAUUUACGGAUUUCAAAAUGAAAACGACUGCGUUCAAAAUCUUUGCAUCAUGCGUGGCGAUCGUAUGCCUGGCGUCGUCACCAGUGACAAGAGCUGCUCCAGCACUGAAAUUGGUUUCGGGUACCUCCGAGAAUCCGAUCGUACAGAAACCGGGUAUCAAAGAUAAAAAUGUCGUCGGACUGAAUUUCGUUGAACUAAAACCUCACCAUUCCAAGUUGACUGCAAACGAAGUGGUACAGAAACUUACGAUGGCGGUAUAUGAGUCCAUGGUGUCACAGAAAAUGCACCGACAACGCAGGUCUUACGACCCCGAAGUGGAAAAUCGGCUGAGAAAAGAACUGGAGGGCGAAAAAAGUAGUGUUUCUGUAGACUCAAAAGAAGCAGUCCCUGUAUUGCCGGGUCCAUUGAACGAACACUCCAAGCAGAUCCAUUACUCUCGGUCCAACGAGAUCGAGGACUCUCAACAGUCGAACGAGGUCCAAAACCCUCAGUCCGACGAGGUCCAGAACUCUCAGUCCAACGAGGUUCAGAACUCUCAGUCUAACGAGGUCCAGAACUCUCAGUCCGACGAGGUCCAGAACUCUCAGUCCGACGAGGUCCAGAACUCUCAAUCCAACGAGGUUCAGAACUCUCAGUCCGACGAGGUUCAGAACUCUCAGUCCGACGAGGUCCAGAACUCUCAGCUCGACGAGGACUAUGAACAGUCUGAUGAUGUGUACAAGUAUCGAAAACCCUUUGACUCCCAAGAAUCCUACGAAAGCGAAGGGUCCAACGAUCCUGAUGAGAACUCCAACGAUUCAGCAUCCACUAACGAUGACAAGGAGGAAAGAACUACACUUAAACCAAUUCCAUUACAACGAACAACUACAUAAUCCUUUAUUAAUCGUUGCCUACAUAUGUAAUCAUUUUAUGAAACACUCAUUUUUUGUGGACGUUCAUCAUCCUAAUCUAAAUUAAUCGAGCCGUAAUAAUAACAAUAAAUACUUCAACAUUAGUAUUUAUAAUUUUUAUUUUAUAUUAAUAAAUCUGUUGUUUUUAUGUCAAUAUAAUUUAAUGGGUACUCUGUGACUUUCAUAUUAUAAUAAAUUAUUAUAUGCACUCGGAUUAAAUGUCUCGUAGCCUAAAUUAAAAGUUACAAUAUAACCUGUAAAUUGUUA